AUGACUUACAAGAACACGAAUUCAUCUUCCCCGAGACCCCGAGGUCUGCCGAAAAAAGCUGCUCGGGAUACCCACAUGUAUCCAAGUAAUUCUGCUAGCAUUUCGCAACAGAGUGACAACGAGAGAAGAGCGUCGUCCGAUCGUCUGCAACAUGGGAUAUCAUUCAAUCUUGUUUCGUUGGUCACAAAAUUCGAAGCACUUGAUGCUCUGAGCCUCCCCUUUACCACACCAUCCUUCCAGCCAGCACCGCUUCAAUUAUCAAGGAAUUCGCCAAUACAGAAAGGUGGUAAAGGGGCAGGUUACAGGAGGAGAUUGUCAACGAUUUUCAGUCCGAAACGAGGAAGUUCGGAAAAGCGUGACAAUAGGUCUGUCGAGGAGGAUAUUCAACCUGCCUACACAGACAUCUUCGAAUCACUAAAUUCUCGAAAACUCGGGUUGCUGGGAACAAAAGCUGACUCAAGAAAACUCAAAAAGGCACAGACUUCCUAUAAACCAAGUAGUAUAAAGCUACGUGGUGGCGUCUGGGAUACAGCAGAUUUUAUAAAUGGAAGAAAAUUCGGGACAGUAGCAGCACCGUAUAUUGAGAACGAAAAACUUGAUGACAAUAAGGGAGGAUCCAUCAGAGAUAAAAUCAAAUUUUACGAUGGGACAGUAUCAGGAGGGAACAGCACUCGGGCGUACCCUUCGCUCAACAACACCGCUGCCCCAAACACCCCAAUCUCUAUUUCCCGUACUCGACUAUUGGACAAAAGCUACUUCCUGACACCUUCGACUGGAAGCUCGAGACGGACAUGCUUGCACAAUCCAGAUCCAGAAACAAUUACACCCACAAGAUCGAACGCAGCUUCUAAUGGAAAACAGAACAUAGGGCUGGGGCAAAGUCGGCACCAGACGCUGCCUCAAAGCUCGCCAUCCAGGGGCUAUAGCAAUGUCACCACACGAACCAUGGAGAGCCCUCAUAGGUAUGGUAAUGGCCGAGAAAUUUCGAGUCGGCCGCCUCUACGAAAAGGACAUAUACCAGAGCCAACGAGGGGACGAAGAAACAUUAUGGUUGGGUCGAAACAAAACAUUCCCCCAAGCUUAGGAGGAGAUGGCAGCGCGCCUCCGCCAGCCGCGCAAGAUCAGGCAAGUAGGCCACUGAGUCGGAGAAGAAUGAGCAACAAGAUUGGAGAGCUUUACCGUGCUAAGAGCAUAGAGAAGAAACGCAAAGAAGACAAAGAGACAGCGCAGCCACGAGCAGAAACCAUGCCCUCACUAUCUCAGGCGAAGAUAGCACUUGGACUCGAGGGACGGAUAAUGGAGCCUGGAAAGCCUCGACCUAGAAAACUUUCGGACAAGGUUGCAAACAUGAGAAAACUGUUUGAUGGCAAGUUCUCCCCGAGGUCUGCAUCCCCAGAAGGCCCUGUACCAUGUUGCGCAUUAAACCCCAUAUCCUUGGAAGCUGCUUCUGCUUCUUCCUCCCGGUACAAACAAGAACAUAUAUUAGAACUUCGAGACUUGGCAGUCUUGAAACCUCCUACGCCUCCGCCUAUGCCACCUUCCACACAGAGGAAAGUAUCCAAUGUAUCGUUGAGGAAUGAUGGUGCGCCAGCAGUCUUGAGUACAACCAAUGCCUCUGGGGUGACUAAAGCAAGGAAAUCACAGUUCUCAUCUCCGACCAAGAAGAGGUCACCGCCAAAGAGCAAGCUCAUUGUAGAAAAAGUGAAGAUUUUCGAAUCGACAUCCGAGACCUUUCCUGAGAUCGGGCAUUCAAGAAGAGCCAAAGCAUUUCGCAGAAGGCUGAGCAAGUCUCUACGGGGUCUCUUCGAGGCACCUUCACGAAAGAGCCAGGGGCAAGACCAAGAACAGAACAAGGGGGAAGAGACAUCUGUGAGACCAAACGGAGAUGUGAGUCCAGAGGGAAGUGGUCUAUUAAGCAAACGGCGGACGAUCGUCGGCAGAUGGAACAACGUUCCAACUGCAGUGUCGAGUGGAGGAGAUGGGACUACCAGUGAGAAGCAUUCACCGCCUCCAGCAGAGGAAGAUGUGAUCGCAGAGAUGGUAGUCAAGGGUGUUGAGUGCGGUCUGAAGCAACCGAAACCGGUGCGAGCCGUGGAAAUGAAGCGAAUGGCUCUUCUGUGUAAGGAUCGUAUGGGAGAAAUCAUGGACCGUGACAAGGGAAGAGUAAGCCUGCGAAGGAAGUCUUGA